GUUGAAAAAGAAAUGGACACAAUGCCUUUAUAUAGUUUUAAUUUCUCAAGCUUUCCUCAAGUUGAGAAUCAAAGAUACAACGACACUGUUUUCACUGAUAUUUUUGGCCGAAUUACAGCCGUUGGUGAAAUUUCGCACUGAUAUAUUGCAUGCUAUAAUUACAAAUCAGCUGUCAAGACAUUUGAUGGUACUUUUUUGUGCUCCAAUUGUGACAAGAAUGAUCAAUCUCCUAUAUCAUGAAAGGUACAAAUUAAAUGCUAUUGUUAAAAAUGAUACCGGUUCUGCAAAUUUUACCAUCUUCGGAAGAUUGGCGCAAGAUUUGAUUCAUAUUUCGGCUCAAAACCUUGCUACUUCAGCUGGUUCAGAUAAAUUUACUCUUCCUCCUGCAAUUAAAACAAUUAUUGGGCAUAAACAUAUUUUUCAAAUAGUACCUGACGUACAGAGGUUCAGAACAAGUGUUCCUUCUUUUGAAGGUGUCAAAAUUUUUAAUAUUCAAUAUGACAUAAAGGAGAAUACUUCUUCGGCUAAAAAUUUAAUAAUCAAAUGUGAAGAAAAAGCUGAUUCGCCUACUACUCAGAAAGAAAUUCACAAAGAAUUAUUUGAGGAAGCAUCCCCAAGUACAACCAUUUCGUUAAGCUCUCCACCAUUUGCCGAUGAUAUAAAGGAAACUCAACCUGCCAAAAAAAAGACUUAUUUUCGAUGAAGGUCUUUCCACAAAUGAAGACCAGCUAUGAAGAUUUAAAAAUUAAUACUGCAUUUAUAUUAUAUGUUUUAUUGUACUGUUAGGGCGUGUUUGGUUUGAAGUCGGAAUCGGAAUCAGAAUCG